AUGCGAAACAAAAGUGUAAGUAUAGCAGUUAUUCCAUCAGGCUGCCCUCAAUAUAUUCAGUUAUUGGAUGUACACGUAUUUUCUGCUUUCAAAAAUAAUUAUUACGAUUGUGCUGAAGAAUUCUUAGAAAUCAAUGGUCCUCGUUCAAAAUUAAAACUAUCAGCUUCUCAAAAACGUAUUUUAUGUACAAGACUUACUGCUGCAGCAGGGACACGUACUGUAAAAUCAAUUGAUUUUCCAAAAGCAUUUCGUUCAUUAGGUUAUACCUGGUCUGAUAAGUCAAUCAUUCAACCAAGUCACAUACCAUGGUACAAAUUCGAUCCAAAUUCGAUGACAUUAAAUGAAUCAGAGAUUGUCGUGCAGGAUGGUGAUUCAGAACAGCAUGAACAAACUCCAUAUUUUUAA